GGUUAUUGCUUUUCAUCGCUUUCCGCGGGUUCUUUUUCUUGUGCAUCUGGAGGCAUGGGUAGCAAGAAACUAAGACGAGUGGGUUUAUCACAAGAGCUGUGUGACCGUCUGAACAGACAUCAGAUUGUUACCUGUCAGGACUUUCUAUGUCUUUCCCCACUGGAGCUUAUGAAGAUGACUGGCCUUAGUUAUCAAGCUGUCCAUGAACUUCUUUGUGUGGUUAGCAGGGCCUGUGCACCACAGAUGCAAACGGCUUAUGAGAUAAAGACACAGAGGUGUGCUGCUCACUCAUCGGCAUUUUUGUCUACGACCCUGCCUGCUCUGGACGAAGCCCUGCAUGGUGGUGUAGCUUGUGGAUCCCUCACAGAGAUUACAGGUCCGCCAGGUUGUGGAAAAACUCAGUUUUGUAUAAUGAUGAGCAUUUUGGCUACAUUACCUACCAACAUGGGAGGAUUAGAAGGAGCUGUUGUGUACAUUGACACAGAGUCAGCAUUUAGUGCUGAAAGACUAGUUGAGAUAGCAGAAUCUCGUUUUCCCAGAUAUUUUGACACUGAAGAAAAAUUACUUUUGACAAGCAGUAAAGUUCAUCUUUACCGGGAACUCAGCUGUGAUGAAGUUCUACAAAGGAUUGAAUCCUUAGAAGAAGAAAUUAUUUCAAAAGGAGUUAAACUUGUGAUUAUUGACUCUGUUGCUUCUGUGGUAAGAAAGGAGUUUGAUACACAACUUCAGGGCAACAUGAGAGAAAGGAACAAGUUCUUGGCAAGGGAAGCAGCCUCUCUGAAGUAUUUGGCUGAGGAAUUUUCAAUCCCAGUUAUCUUGACGAAUCAGAUUACAACCCAUCUGAGCGGAGCCCUAGCUUCUCAGGCAGACCUGGUGUCUCCAGCUGAUGAUUUGUCCCUGUCUGAAGGCACUUCUAGAUCUAGCUGUUUGACAGCUGCACUAGGAAACACCUGGAGUCACAGUGUGAACACCCGGCUGAUUCUCCAGUACCUUGGUUCAGAGAGAAGACAGAUUCUCAUUGCCAAGUCCCCUCUGGCACCCUUCACCGCCUUUGUCUACACCAUCGAGAAGGAAGGCUUGGUUCUUCAAGACCAACAGAGGCCAUAAGGACACUAUGACCUUUGUCUCGAGCUGAUGGGGGCGUGAUUUGUGAAAUGAAACAGGACCGGGCUGCUUGGAAGAAGGAAACGGAAGCCAACAUAAUGGGGAUUAAUUAGUUGAUUGCUGUUGAGAUGGUAACAGAUUUGCCCCCCCACCCCUUUACCAUUGAGCCAGCCAUCUCAGACCUAGCAGGGAAGGUGAAGAUGAAGAGGCCUUUGUUCAGGUCUCUAGAUGCUUGGGGCUGAAGGCUUUGCCGCCAUUGGAUGGCAACAGCCAUAAUAAUAAUAAUUUGCACUUAUAUAGCACCUUUCAACCAGGCACCUCAAAGCGGUUUAACCACAUUAAUUAAUUAAAGCCCACAAUCCCCCUGGGGAGAGGAGGAGGAGGACUAACAGGAUUUGUAAUUACAGGAGGGAACAUUUCCGAAUAAAGUAUUGUCCACCAAAUAAAAAGAGUAGGUGUAAAGGAAUUGGGGUCUCCAAAGAGUAACUGAUUCAGAAAUGAAAUCUUGGAAGGAUGAGGGAGGCUGAGGGAGGGCAUGGGCGUGGGGGUCUGCUCUUGUGUCAAAGGGAGGUCAGUGGGCUCAGAAUUCACUGACAGGUUCGGAUCCAACUGAGAAGCAGGACACGUAUGGUAUUAGUGGCAUUUGGAAGGUCAUUAGUGGUACAUGUAUUGUGGUGUAAAUUCAAGUUUCACUGGUAUAUUGUGUAGAGCCCUGUAGGACAAAGAGUGAGAUUCAUGCAGUGUUUAAUAAAGGAUGAAAUGAUUUCUUUAUAUUUAAAGCCUAAGGCUGGGCCAGUCAAUGAGCAAAUCAAUCAAUUGGUGACCCAUAGGAUAAUUUAGUCAUUUUCAGCAGAAGACCCAGCCUACUCCUCGCACUGCAUGAGGUUUCCAAACGAAGCAUCAAAGCUGGGGGGUUCAGCCCCUUCAAAGCCAGGCAUCAAAUCUUCCCAGCCUUUGGCAUUGGGACCUCUUUCCCCCAACUUGUUGCUGACACUCGGGCUGUCCUCUAUAAAAUCACUCUGUAUCUGCUUCCCCUUCAGAAGUUUAUAAAUGCCUUGGGUGCUAGAAUCAAGUUUUGUCCUAUCUCACGUCUGACAUCAAUGCCCAACAGAGUGUCGUACACAAAGUAGGUACCUGAUCAGCAAAGAAUGGUUAAAUGACAAAGUCUUUUAACAAAACUCAGCAUUUGUUGAACACGUACUAAAUGCUAAGGCAAAGCUCAGAAACAUAGGUUAUGUGUAUUAUGAGGAAUGGAAAUGACUCGUGUACUCCCAGCUAUAAUAUAAAGCAGAAUAAAAUAAAGUUGACAUUGUAGAUGUACACCCAAGUCACAGCCUGAAAGGGCAAAGGAAGGACAUUUUAUGCAGCUGGAGUGAAUCAAGGAAGAUAUUCCUGGAGAGCAAACAAGGCACUGGGACUUGAAACAGCCAGGGACUAUUUGGGAAGUUGAGAAAGAUAUUUUGUUCUCUGUAACUAUUAAUUCGCUCUCUCUGCACUUUCACUGUCCACCAAGAAAGAAAAGCUAAGCAGUUCACACAUUAAACAGGGCACUUAGGAAUGUCUGAGAAAGGAAUGAGGAAAACGUAUCUCAAUCCCAAAUGUUAAAGAUUAAAUAGCUUCCUACUUGAGG